GGAAACUUCCUGCCACUUCUCUUGGACUCUUCCCUCUGUUUUCGGCUAAAAAAAAGAUGAAAUCAGCGGAAAAGAACCGAAAGCGUUUCACCUCGAACCGGCUUAACGUUGUGCUGAAGGAACGGAAAUGUGGAGCGGGAGCCAGGACUGACCCGGGACAGACAAUUUAGUCUUGCCCGGAGAGCGAAGGAGGAAAACAGGCGACCAUUAAGAAUGUUUCCCUGAGGAGCACUUCAAGGACCGGGAAACGAGUAGGAAGAAGGAAAGAGUUAAAGGAUGCACAUGGGAUCUGGAGAUUGAUGGAUGGUGAUUCAAGCAAGAUUAUAAUAGUCAGUUAUGUCCUGUCCAAAUACCAACCCAACUUGGAGGAGCUAGAGGACGACCCAAGACCCGGAACCAGAGCUGGAACCAGAUCUGUUGCUGGAGAGGAGCUGAUUUUUUUUCUGACUUGACUUAACAUUGCCAGAGACACUGCAACCAUCUCUGCUGCCUGGCAACAUGAGCAGCGGUUGCCGCUGACUAGUUCAGCAACAACGCAGCUUCCAAGAACAGGAGACGAGGACGACAGGCGGAGGUCACAUUGGAAAUGUUUCGGAAAAAAGCCUCCUCCUCCUUGAGAAUGAGAAGAAUAACAGAAAGUUCUAGAUGGAACAUUGACCGAGGGCGGAGCUUGUCGUUCCAUGAAGUACGCAGCCAGCGUGAAGCGGAGAUGAGGGCGGCAGCAGAGGAUUCGUCAAGCAGCAGCAACAGUGCAGGAGGCAGUGGGAACACUGUCCUGCAGCGCCUCCUACAGGAGCAGAUCAAUCGGAAUUAUGUGCUUCAGCAGCAGCAGCAGCAGCAGCAGGGAGGGGCUGGUAGUGGAGCACCUGGGGGCGGAGGUUACCCCGGUCAGGGACCAGGAGUUCCCAAUGAUGAGCACUCCAUGAGCCCUCAUAUUGCCCGGCAGGAGCCCCAAGGACAGGAGCUACAGACGGACAGUGGUCUGGAGAAGCUUGGUACUGGCAGGGUCGCAGGUGGUGGUGGGAGCAGUGGAGGUGGGGGUGGCUUAGGUGGCAGUGGAGGAUGUGGAGGCAGCAGUCUGGGUCAGUGUCCCAACCCAGAGGACCUUCCUUCAUACGAGGAGGCCAAAGUGCAGUCCCAAUACUUCCGGGGUCAUGGCCCCCCUCCUCAGUCUCAGCAGCAAAACCCGCCACCCCAACAGCCCCCCAUGCCCGCAACUGUGGGUGCUGCAUUUUACGUUACGGGGGUGACCAACUCAAAAGUGCGCACUGAGGGACGCCCCACCGUGCAGCGGGUCAGCGGCACCGGGAGAGUCCACCAGGACGACGGCCUGAAGGAUCUAAAACAAGGACACGUGCGAUCCCUGAGUGAGCGACUCAUGCAGCUGUCUUUGGCCACUAGUGGAGUAAAAGCUCACGCACCAGUCACCAGCGCCCCUUUGUCGCCUCAGCUUCCUCCACCUGGACCACCGGGCGACUACUAUAAGCCGCAGCAUCGUGGUCCUCCCCCCGACUAUCCCUUCAAACGGAUGGGUUCGCCCUGUAAGCAGGAUCCUGGAGGGACUUUCUACCAGGAGCCGAGAGGGAGGGAACACUCCAGGGAGGUGCCACAUGUCCGGUACCAGCCACCACCCGAGUACGGAUCCUUCAGGUCCAGUAAAGAUGGUACACUCCACUCUCAGAGACCUCUGCAGCAGCACAGUCCCACCUCAUCGGUCACCUCUAUGGGCUCUCUGUCUCGAGCUCAGUCUUCCACCCUCAGCAGCAUUCUCAGUGCUUCCUACUCUUCCCACCCCUCCUCCCCCCACCAACACCCACAAGGUCUCGGGGAACCCUACCCCAGCAUGGGGCCGCGCAGUCCACAGGGUCCUAUUCCCCACCCACAAGGUGAGCACCUUAAUCCCGGGCCCAUUCACCCAACGCUACAGAGAAGUCACGGUUUCCCACACGACCCCUACGGCUCCACCCCGCGAUCUCACCACCACCACCACCACCAACAGCAGCAGCAGCAGCAGCAUCAACAUCACCAGCAGUUCCAGCAGCAACAGCCGCAGUAUCAAGGGCCUCCAGGGCCCCAGCCUCAGAUGCCUGUCCAGGCAGGCCACUUCCCUCACCCUCACUCUUAUUCCCAUCCACAAGGGGAGCCGUUCGCUAUGAUGGCACGAGCUCAGCAGAUGGUGGAUGCGAUGACAGAAGAGAACAGGAUGUUGAGGCAGGAGAUGGAUGUCUGUCGAGAGAAAGUGGCCAAGCUGCACAAACUGGAGACUGAGAUCCAGCUGGUGUCCGAAGCCUAUGAAAACCUGGCCAAGUCCUCGUCUAAGAGGGAGUCCCUGGAGAAGACCAUGAGGAACAAGCUGGAGUUGGAGGUGCGCCGCCUGCACGACUUCAACAGAGACCUUCGAGAGCGAAUGGAGACGGCCAAUAAGCAGCUGGCAGCCAAAGAGUGCGAUGGCUCCGAGGACAACCGCACAACCAUCUCCCAGCUUCUUGUACAGAACAAGGAGACUCAGCGGGAGAAGGAGAAGCUGGAAAUGGAACUGUCGGCUCUUCGCUCCACCACGGAAGAUCAGAGGAGACACAUUGAGAUCAGAGACCAGGCGCUCAAUAAUGCCCAGGCAAAGGUGGUGAAGCUGGAAGAGGAGCUGAAGAAGAAACAGGUGUAUGUGGAGAAGGUGGAGAGGAUGCAGCAGGCUCUGGCCCAGCUGCAGGCCACCUGCGAGAAGAGAGAGCAGCUGGAGCAUCGACUCCGGACCAGACUGGAGAGGGAGCUGGAGUCGCUACGCAUGCAGCAGCGGCACGGAAGUUCUCAGAGUAACGGUUCUGUCCCGUCGGAGUACAACGCCACAGCACUGAUGGAGCACCUGAGGGAGAAGGAGGAGCGCAUCCUGGCGCUGGAGGCUGACAUGACCAAGUGGGAGCAGAAAUACCUGGAGGAGAGUGUGAUGAGGCAGUUCGCCCUGGACGCAGCUGCCUCUGUGGCCACCCAGAGGGACACGUCGUCCAGCUCAGCAGUCAUCAGCCACUCCCCCAGCAGCAGCUAUGACACCUCAGUAGAAGCACGGAUCCAGAAGGAGGAGGAGGAGAUCCUGAUGGCCAACCGACGCUGCCUGGACAUGGAGAGCAGGAUCAAGAACCUGCACGCUCAGAUCAUCGAGAAGGACGCCAUGAUCAAGGUUCUGCACCAGCGCUCCAGGAAGGAGCCCAUCAAGUCAGACGGCCCAGCGACCAUGAGACCCUCCAAGUCUCUGAUGUCCAUCUCCAACACUGGCACUGGCGGUUCUGGGCUCCUCUCCCACAGUCUGGGUCUGAACAGCUCCCCCAUCACUGAGGAGCGCCGGGACAGCAGCUGGAAGGGCAGCCUUGGGGUUCUGCUGGGUCCCGAGUUCCGCUCAGAGUCUCUUCGAGCCGAGUCCAUCUCCUCGUCUCCAUCGCCCGUUCUCCCCUCCACGCCCAUGACCGCCGGACACUCCAAGACAGGCAGCAGGGACAGCUGCACGCAGACCGACAAGGGUCAGAGUCAGGAGAGCAAGCCCAGUACCCCGGCCCUGCAGAGCAUGACGCUUCCUGCACGCCUGUCCAGUCCAAGUCCAGUCUACAUCCCAGACCGCAUUGCAGAUGUCCCUGUCUUCCUGUCCAGCACCUUGGACCGCCGGGUCCCGGCUCAGUCGCACUCUCAGCAGCAGGCUCCGCCCCCCCCAGCUCCCGGCCAACAGGAGGCCGACGGCGACAUGGUGGAGAUCCUCAUCUGACGGAAGGCAGCUGGACGACUGGCACCAAGACUUUAUAGCUCAGUGAUAUUCACUCAUCAGUCAUGCCCCAGGUGGCACUGGACCCCAGACCAGUCGGAUUCUCAGAAGCAGUAAAUAGCAGUAGGAACACCUGUGGCCUCUGUUGGUUUCCUUCAGGUACUCCAUUCCUUUCCUUCAAGUCAUGUGAAAGACAAGUUCUCAUCAGUGUUUGUCUUGAUGGUCUGCUACUCAUAUCGGGCAGAAAUUCAACAGCAGGUACCACCUACUCUGAUGGUUUCAAUUCACAAGUAGCGUUUCGUACUUUUAACCGGAGCCUCUUUCAUUUGAAAUUGAAACCAAAUUGCCGAAGGGGCGGGGCUUAAGUCUUUUGAAUCAGAGGCUGGACGAAAGAAGGGAUCCACCGGCUGAACAGCAUCGUGGCUUUACUGUGGCCGGGAUUCUGCGACUGCCGUGGCUGAACUGAGCAUACACGGUGGUUGGGAAGUAUUCAGUGGUACUGAGAACAAGUUUUGGACAGAGGCUUGUUGUGUGGCUGUUGGCGUGACCUUGUCUUAACAGAAAGCGGGGCCCAAAAGUUCCUGCGAGUAUUGCAUCGUUGCACUACCUGUUUCACCUAACAUCUAACUUGACUUUAUCAUAUAGUGAAUGUCGUGAUUCCAGUAGUCGUCCAUGUGUAUUUUAAUCAUUUUAAUCUUCUUAAUAUUUUUCUUUGUUAAUAAGUGCCUCAGUUAUUUAUGAUCUCAUUUUGAAGGAGAGGAAAUGGAGGGAGACCACCAGACAAUCAGUUUGUGAAAACAUCAAACCUCAGCAGAGCCAGUUGGGGGUUUUGUUGGAUCGAACAUCAGUGUUGGGUCACGACAUGUGAGCUACGUCUCUGUGGAGGAAACAACCUUUUUUGAAUGUGUUUUCUGGGGGGAGCUGCAGGGGUGGACCCCACUGGUUGGGGUCUUACAAGUGCCGUGGAUGAGGAGCCGGGGGGCGACACAAGUCAGCCGUAAAAUUACGACCACUGAUUCGGUGUAUGUAUGAAGUUCUCUACCAGACAUGUUGCUAUAGUGGGGGUUCUGUUGAGUAAUUAUUCGACCUCGAAUCAGAAACCUUCUUCAACGUCAAAUCCGAAGUUUUUUUUGACUCUCAAACUUCUGAUACAUAAACAUAACAGUGCUAACAAUCAUUUGAAAAGUUAGGGGUGGUCAUAAUGUUAGUGUUGAUUAAACACUCCAAGGAUCGGCGGGUGGGUUGUGGGAGGGAACUGAGGGGAGUUCUGGAUGCACUUCACUGUGAGAAUGUAAAUUGUCUGGCACUUGGUUUGUCUUUUUUUAUUAUUAUUAUUUUAAAUUGUUUCCAAAUUUCACUUGAACGGAGCUGUGAGGCACUUAAAACAGAGCGGACCUCUGCUCACUCGCAGGUGAUGGACAGAACUCAUCCGUUCCGUUGUUAUUUGUGAACGAAAGACCGUAAAAACCAAAAGCAGACAGGACCAAAGAAACCCGAUCCAGACUUAAAACCACUGACUCUUACUUGAAGAGACGUCACAGGAUGAUGUCACAUCAAGGUGUUGGAAAUUAGCUGAUAAUCCCAAUCCAGAAUUCAAGAGUAAAAAAAAUAAGUUGGUCUGCAUGUAGUGUUUUUUUUCUUUUUAAUAAGUAGAUCUAAAACUGUCUAGUCUGGGUCAGCACUGGUGGUUCUGAGGCAGGAGAUUCCAGAUGAAUGUGUCAACUGUAGUCACAGGCACAUGCUUGUCUCUGUGAAGUCAUGAUGGAGAAACGUGGACAAAGGACCUUCGGGGACCUUCAGGUGGGACCGCUGACUGAGUCAUGUGACCAUUUCAGAAUAUCUAGUAAAGAAUUACAUUAUUAAUGUCAUCAAAAAUAUGUAACUGAAUGACGGACAAAGCACACCUGACACAAGGAAGCAAAUAUCAGAGGGAUAUGGAGGUGGUAGCGGAAACAUUUUAGCAAUGGUCUCUGAGGUCAAGGGCCAUGGAAGGGAUGGAUGACUCACCAGCUGAAGGAAAGAAGGUCCAGUCAAAACAAACAGGAAUAACUUUUACCUCUCACAGGUAGAAUGGAAAAACCUCCUGAUCAUAUUCAUAAAUCAUUCCAGAUAUUUAGAGACAUUUUGGUCUCUGCAGACGGUCAUCCCACCUGAGAGCCCCCGCACUGGGUCCUGCUUUUACACUUCUAAUUCUAUGCAAUUUUUCUUAUAUGUCCGUGAGGACAGUUGAACUGUAGCUGCACUAAAACAUAACAAUCAGUGUUACCAUGUGACCAGUCAUGCCAUGCACUUCCUGUCCGUACAUUCCUUCACUUCCUGUUCAGACUGUGACCAAGUGAAGCUACAACCAUCACCCUCAAAGUCAUCAAUCAUCUCAAACUUUACUGUCCGACACUCACCGACUGUUCCUGUAUCAAACGACUCCAAAUGUCUAAUAAACAUGUUUGUAUUCAGUCCCCACGUCUGUGAUUUCAUCCCCCGCCACCAGCAGGAUCUCAGGCUCCUCUGGAGAACAGGACCAGAAGAGGCCAAACAUUUUAGUGCUUAUCAAUGUUCUGUGCCAACUGGUGGGUAAAAACAA